AUGCCCGCCAUCUCGACCUAUCUGAAAUCUGCGCUCUUCCUAGGACUGCUAUCUUCAGCAGGUGCCACCGACGUCUGCACUUGCGACGCUGGCAGCGGUGGCGUCAGCCAGAAUGGAUUCAGCCAAAUUCUCAACGGGCUGAACGUGAAUUCGCAUGACCAGUUCUGCGUCAAUGCGCCGGACUACACUGGUUGCUACACGACCGGAUCUGCCACACAAGGACUGGCAAACUUCUAUGCCUGCGGGAUCUUUUGUGCAGACCCUGGUGAUAGUGGCGCCUGUCUGUUCACCACGGCAUACACAGCGUAUUUGGGCGCGAACACUGGUGGCUGCAUCUCCAAAGGCGAACUUAUCUCGAUUGUGGAGAGUAUGGCCAUGGAUGCAGAGCAAUACCAGACUGCGAAUGCAAUUUCGGGUGAAACAAAUGGUGGAAUCCGGGUGGUUGUUCAGAACGGAUACAGCGUUAUUCGAGGAAACCAGUGCGAUGCGGGAGUCUGCUAG